AUUUUUGAGGAGUAUGUAUAGAUAGAUACAAAAGAAUAGCGCUAUUUAACUAUUAAAACUUUUUCAAGUAUAUUUAAGAAAAUAGAUAUUUAAAAAGUUAAAUAACUACAAAAGAUCAAUAAAUUUAGAAUAGUGAAUUAAAGAGUAUGAGUUUUAUUAUACAGUUCUAAAAAGUAAUACCGUAGUAUUACGAAUAAAAAUGGCGUCUACAUGUGUCAGAUUCUUAUAUAUGUUCUUAUUUGAAUAUUUCCAUGGCACAUUAACGUAUGGUAGUACAGAAUAAUACUAAAGUAUAGAGUAGAAAAUUUGAGUUGGUGUGGUGAGUAUCCGUGUAUUCUAUAUCUUUUAAAUAUUGAUUCGUGAUGUCAAAUGCUUUGAAACAAUAGAAAUGAUUAUAAAUCAUCGUGUUUUCUCUGCAGAUAGAACAAAAAGUAAUAAUGCGUAGCAUGAGAAAAUAUACCGCAAAUAUACAACAGCUUCAUAGAGAAAGAAUAUGCUCACAAACCUGCAAAUCAUAAUCAGUAUGAUUCAGUCUAAUAUGGAAAACAUACUCACAUUUUUAAUUAAAUGUUGCAGGAGAAUAUUUAUAAUUAGUGUAAAUUGCUAUUUGUAGAUAACUACGUGGAGUAUUUCAAGAUAUUUUUUAAUUUUAUCAAGAAUAUCACAAAAAAGUUGAUAGAAUGGAUUCUCCGCCAUCAUGUUCGCUCAGUACUACAGGUCCUUUAAGUGAAUUGGGUAGCAGUGGACUUGGUGGAUCGAUAUCAAGUGAUUCUGUUCGAGCUCAACUUGCUAUUGAGAUGCAAGAAAGUGACAUGGAAAGUAAAUCUUUAUCUCAAGAUUCUUUCGAUUACUCUGACGGGAUGUGUAGUCAGAAUUUUAAUACUUUAAAAAAAGGACCAGGAUGGGCAGACUUAGAUAGCAAGCUUGAAGGAGUUGAUGUAGUUGACGUAGCAAUAAAACCCCCACCAGAAUUUCAAGAUAGUCCUUCACCUCCAGAUUCAGUACGGUCUAACGUACAAAUACUUUGUUACCCGCGGUUGUUAAGAAAAAAAAUUUCUCGAUUGAUUGAAGAACUGAGUGAAAAUUUAGUUCAACAAAUAAUUGAAGAAGCCCUUGACAUUUCAUGUCGUAUUUCUUGGCCUGAAGGUCGAUUAGCUCAAGUUACAUCGACUCGAACAAUUCAAACUACGAACAUCACUCAUAUUUUCAACUCUAAACUGCGAUUUUGGGCAUCAGAAAUGCUACCGUCGUCAUCUUCACGUCAAGCAAGCACUGCCACGAUUACAAUAACUCCAUACAAUACACUCAAUCGUCCAAACUCGCGGUGCUCAUUAGCUUCUUCACGCCUUUCAAGUUCCCAUAAUUCGAUAAAUACUUCAGGUUUGUGCAAUAAAGCUGACGAUAGUAGUUUCAUUACGUCAGCAAUGUCCCAUGAUGUGUUAACGACUAGUGAGAUAAGUGAUAUGUAUAAUGUGCCCUUUGAUUCCGACAUUUACACUGUUCCGAUUGAUGUUAUAAAACCGUUCCACGAACUUCGAAUUCCUCAACGUCCAAAGCGUCAUCGUCAUCAUCGUAAACGAAGAAGAAAUGUCUCAGCCAGCUCACAAAGUGAGUUUGAAACUCACAUUCAGCAAACAAGACACUAUUGUGGUAAGCCUCGUGCUGUAACACAUGUUAUAAAAUCACAACGAUUACUAGCUGAUGUAUGUUGUAAUGAUAGUAGUAAUGGCAAACGUCAUAGUGUGCCCGGUACUUCUGGGCGACAUGGGUCUCAUAUUCCAAACAAUAGUCAUAUUCAUAAUAUCGGUGAACCGAUACAUAUGACAUUGCAUGAAGUGCGUCAAUAUUUAGAAACUCUUUAUUCGAGUUCAAGUGACUCAAGUGACCAUAAAAUAAAGUGUAAUAAAGUAUUAACCAACCAAACACCAAUACACCUCAGUGUACCAAAAAAUAUUAAUGUAAAUAAUAAUAGAUAUAGUAAUCCUCAUACUGACUGUACGACAGAUACGUCAAUAUCCAAUAAAGGUACUAAUGGGUUAAUUAACAAUAACAAUAAUCAUAUGAAUGUGAGAAAGCAUAAGAAAGGUUCAUUUGUAAACGUUAAGCAUAAAAAAGUUAAGGAUGAAACACAUAAGGACAAAGGAGAUACUGACAGAGAAAAAAUUAAAAAAAGCCAGCGUAAUUUUUCAUUGAGUCUGAAACAAACAUUAUGUAAUAUAUUUAGAUUCAGGCGAUUGGGGUCACCGGAUCAUUUUGUUGAAAAAAGAAAUGAUAUUGUACAAGGUGAAAUUGUUGAAGAGGAAGAAGGUGAUUCCGAUCAACAUGCCAAUAAUAACAACACAACGUUAGACGUCGAUCCGUCAGCGUUAAAGAUGCCGUUUUUCAAACGUGCUUUACCACCUUUACCAAAAACCAAUGGACAAAUAAAUGUAGAACAAGGUGAAGACGCUUUAACAGUUAUCCAUACCAAAAUCGAUUCACCAACCUUAACUCAUCAUAUUUCAACGCCAAGAGAAGAAGAGUUGCCUCCUGAAGAUACCAGUAUGGAUUUUGCAGCUAGUAUAGAGAAAGUUAAAGAUUAUGGAUGGUACUGGGGCCCUAUGUCUGGUGAAGCAGCGGAAAAAAUACUAUCUAAUGAGCCAGAUGGUUCAUUUAUUGUACGAGAUAGUAGUGAUGAUCAUUACAUUUUUUCCUUAUCCUUCAGACUGAACAGUUGCGUCAGACAUGUUAGAAUUGAGCAUGAUCAGGGUAACUUCAGUUUUGGAAGCUGUACUAAAUUCAAAUCGCAUACAAUUGUAGACUUUAUUGAGAAUGCAGUUGAACACUCUCGAAGUGGUCGAUACUUGUUUUUUCUUCAUCGCCGACCAGUACUUGGUCCAAUGAGGGUACAAUUACUACAUCCAGUAUCAAGAUUUAAACAAGUUCAAUCGCUACAGCACAUUUGUCGCUUUAUUAUUUUAAAAAUGGUGCGAAGGGAUUUAAUCCCGACACUUCCUCUUCCUCGUCGUCUUAUUGACUACUUGAGUACACCGCAUUAUUAUAGUGAACAAUUAAUCGAGCAAGAGGAACGGGCAGAAUCUCCUGUCAGCUCAUCUACUGGUGAAUUAGAGAAGAUCUGUUUUACACCUCAAGGCUUAUCGUGAAACUCAAAACCAGAUUCAUGUGUUUAUCAUCAUUGUCAGAAGAUGAAAAGGAAUAAGAUCAUGUAGCUGAAAUUUCUAAUCGGAAAUGACUAAAUAGAUCAAAAUGAAAAUAAAAUCGAGUUGAUUUCAUAUCAGAACUCACUUUAUCUUUCCUUAUAUACAAGGAUAUUUUGAAAUUGUGAUUCUGUAAGCUGUUAAUUAUUUAUAAUUUUAUGAUAUUUACAAUAAUCUAUAUUUUUUUAUUUUAUGUCUAUUUUCUUUUUAUUAAAAUGGAGUUAUUCACUAUUUCGCAAGCUCUUAAGUUACUUUACAAAUUUAAUAGCAUUUUUUUUAUGUUAAACUUGAUAAUGAUAACUACGAAUUUUUAUUUCACAUGCUUAACAGCUUCCCUGUUAAUUGAUUUCUUGAGUUUCUCAAUUGUUUGGUACAACCAUAUAUAUUCUUUCUGCAUAAUGGCAUUAUUUUAAAUUUUAAUCUUAAAUAUGGGGUUGUCGUAAAUAUUAAAUCAGGAAACUUUCAUAUUUCAUCAGAACAUAGAUAAUGCCAUAGUACGUCAUCAGGACAUCUUUUCUUGUUAUCACUUUUCUUAUUAAAUAAAAAUAAUUUGUAAGCGAUUUUACUUAUCUAAAA